CCUCUCUCCCGCGUUCGUGCGUUCUCCACUUUAUCACUCGGCCUCCCUCACUCUCUUUCCCCACCGCUCUCUAUUUACCCCGUCUCCUUUGAACUUGAGUUCUAGCGUUGCAAAUAUUGACCAAAAUUGUCUCAUAGCUAUUUAUACCGAAUCAACUGUGUCCUGAAAAAAAACUGGCUGUGUUGAUCCUCUAACAUGCUUUUGCAUGCACACCCCCUGUGCACACCCUCGUUUAUCCAACAUACCACGGACCUACCAUGAAUAGACACAGUCGUCCAUAGUCAUUUCGAUAUACUCACUAUUACUUUAUUUUCAUUUGAUUUGGAACCUCUCCUGUUCAGUAGGCCUUCCACAUUAAUCGACAAUAUUCUACGCUUGCUUGGUGAUUAUUUGACGAUUUGUUCGCGAAUUCGUUCUCGAUUUAGUUGAAGCUACAAUGGCAAAUACUAACACAACAGUGGUGGUGCAACCCAUGCAACCCCAGACCCAACAUGUGAUCGUCCAACAGACCAACCAGCCCAAUGCAUGCCGAGCUGCCAUACCGUCUAUGCACAUCGCCAUGGCCGUCACAUGUUUGAUUCUCAAUAUCUUUUUGCCUGGAAUAGGCACUAUUGUGGCAGGUUUUGCAGUCUUUUGUUGCGCUAACCCGGGACAGAGUGAUGGGGGUAAGGUGGGCACCUUCUGCUUGAACUUCUGGGUGGGGAUCCUGCAACUCUUCCUCACUUUAUUCCUGGUCGGAUGGAUAUGGGCCAUCAUCUGGGGUACCGUCAUGAUUGCUAUGUCAGCCGACUACCACAACCCCGGGACGCUCACAACAAUGACCACUGGAACAGUGGUUACCAAUUCCACUGUGGUCAACACACAGCAGAUGCAAGUCACCCAACCGCCACAACAAGGCUACAACCAACCGCCACAACAAGGCUACAACCAACCGCCGCAACAAGGCUACAAUCAACCGCCACAACAAGGCUACAAUCAACCACCGCAGCCACCGAGUUAUGACAUGGGAGCACCGCCACAAGAGAAAUAUUAAGUUUUUUUUUAUCGUCAUUCGUGUUGCAAGAAUCAGAAUGCCAUUAGUCUGCAUGAAUAUAACGGUUUUAGACAUAAUACACGAUGAUGCACAGCAUGGGUAAUUUUUGAUUAAUAACGUGGAUUUGAUAAUAAGAUGUAGUUACAAUUAAAACUCGAACCAACUCUGUAUUGCAUAACAACUAUACCUAAAAGAUUGAAAUGACCAUCUGACCCUGCCGAAUAUAUAGAUAUGUUUGUAUAGUAUUCUGAUUGUCUCUAAAUGUUUCACAGAUGCCUUGUAUUAUAAAAGAUUUUCAUUCUAACAAUCAGUAACUAUUUUCGAAGUAUUAUCUGUUAGUCUCAUCAUAAUUGUUUCCUAGCCUGCUUUAUCUAACCCGUCGUGUACUUCAUCUCGUUAUUAUAUUGUUCGUUGUUUUACUCUCUUACGUUUGCUGAUAUGUAAAGGAAAAGGGGUAUAGGAUUAUUUUCAAACUACCAUUCUUUAGUUAAGUUCACCAUGUCCAUCCCGUAACUCUUCUUUCAGUUUCAGUUUGUAUUUAAUUUUUCAACGUUCAGCAUGAUCAGGAAACAUGACAGGACCUGUAUACAUCUUGUAAAUAUCGGUAAAUUUUAGAUAAACUUUUUAAGAUUAAAUUGAAAGAUUGUAACUCUGAAAUAUUCUCAUUUGAUACACCAUUGAUUUCAUAUCAGUAUUUAUAAAUCGUAUAUCACCUCAUUAUAAUCCAUACAACGUGACAAAAACAAUAGUAUAAGAAACCCUAACGUAAACUGACAACACGUUAUUCUUGUGUUUGAACUUGUCUCGACCUUUCUAAAAUUAUAAAUAACAUACAUGUAUAUUAUAUUCAUGAGCACUAAGUAUCGUACAAUUAUAUUAGACUAGACGUUUAAAGUUUUAAUGUAUAUGAAAUUAGGAAGGAUAUAUAGAAUAAAUUUCAUCACGUCUCUCAGUGAGCGAUAAUAAAUGAUGAUUUCAUGAUUUUUAACAAGCAUUUGUAAUAUUUUAUAAUCUUAUUUUGUACUAAUUUUGUGACAUAUUGUUAAAGCUUAUCUUGAUAAGCAUAAAGACCUUGACGUAACAGGGGUUGUGUAAACAACAUUUUACUUGUUCGCAUUUUCCUCCUACAAGCUUUAAAUAAGACAACCGCACUAUUAUAUGUGUAAUUAAGAAUGUAUUAUUUCUAUGUAUCUUUCCUUUUAAGGGUGUUAGUGUUUGUAUUUUGUGUAGGCUCAUCUACCUACAAGUUUCGGUAAAUUUUUGAUGAUCAAAGCACUUCCUUAUUUACUUUAGUGUAUUUUCCCUGUUAUUGUCUUUUUUUUAUUUUUUAUUUGUGAGGAAUAUAUUUAUGUACUCUUUGACUUUUCAUGUUUUUAUGAAAGUGAUAAAUAAAUUCCAUUCAGUUAAUAUGUUCUGAAUUGUAAGCCAAAUAUGUUUGCGUGACAUCGUCAUGGAGGGGGUGGGAGGGGGUGGGUGUCGACUCUGAACAUUUAUUGUCCAUCUCUUCAAAUUGAAAAGACUGCAGAGCCUGAAUUACCUGCAACGUUAUGCUUCUUAUGAAACAUCAGCCAGCCUACAGAUAGAAGCUCCCUUUUCCAGCUUUAAGCAAGAGGAACCACAAUGAGAUACAGAUCUUGAUAUCAUGGACUGGUCACUUUUUACAACCAAAACUACUUGUAAAAUAAGAUUUGCAAAUUAAUUCCUAUAAGCUAUUAAAAAUGCUCUAGUCAAGGUACUAAAAUUUUGCAAUCGAGUUUGAGGUUUUGGGUUUGAUAAAAUGUUAACAUAAAAUAUUUUAAAGGAAGUAAACGUUUUAAUGAUACUUCCAAGAUUUCCUAUAUUUUAAACAGAAAUUUAGAAUCUUGCAGAAGAAAAGAGAAGAAAUAAAAAGCUAUUAUUCUGUCAUGGAGGUUAUUGUUACCAAACUCACAUUACAUAGAUAAUUUUGUUCAUGGCAAUAAAUCUUAAAAUAUCAAAUUGGAAUUUCUUAAUUAGCAAUUCAUCUGAGCAGCAGUUUGAUGACCUAUUUGGAACUCUUCCUAGAGGCACUUCUUGCAUGACUAUGUAUCGAUAAUUACCUGU